ACCACUCGCCGGGGGGUUAAUUUCGGUGCCGAAACGGUAAUGGCCGCGGCGUCGUCUGGGGUUGAAGUCGUGGUCGAGGACCGAGAUGGAAGUGGGAAAGAAAGCCAUGAGAGGAAACAAGGUGUGUUAGUCGGAGAGCUCCCCGACCGUUUCAGUUUAGAGACGCCCCAAGAAGGCACGAAGGAGCAUAUGAACGUAGUUGAGCGUCACCUGGACGAGCUGACAUUCUGUGGCUCCACUAUCAACGACCUGGAGCUCCAGUUGAGCAGCGCUAGAGCCUCAUUUAGAAAAACGCUGGGAGAGUGCAAACUGCGACUGGAGGAGACACGGAAGAGACUAGGCUCAUGUAUUCCCAAGUCCCAGCCAUUCAUUGAAGUAUGGAGGAAGGCGAGACAGGUUCAAGAGGAGUCUAACAGGGCAGCUGCAAUGUUUGACAAGGCCAGCAGUCAGUACGCCGCAGCCAAGGAGAUGAUACGAGUGACAGAGGGCGAGUUGGCCAAUUCCCUCCCUGAGACCAGUGAAGAGGGGAAGGUAGUAGAUGAGUCAGUCAGUCAUGCACUCCUGGAAGUCCUGAACCAUGCUACAAGAAAGGUGGUUGGGACGGAGAAGGAGAAGAGGGAGAGUGAGGCUGAGCACCGCCGCGUCCUAGAUCGCUGCAAUGCAGUCCUGGAGGAGUACCGACUAAUAGAGAGGAAACUGAGACCUCACAUCAUCAAGUCUCGACCCUACUUCGAGGAGAGGUGGAGAUCGAGCCAGGAACUGAAUCAACUGAAGAGGCACAUCUCUGGUCUGGAAAGGGAAUUGCAGAAAACAAAGAAGAGAUAUGCGGAGACUCUGCGGAACCUCGACCGUCUGAACCACUCCCUGCACAGGCAGCGGCGUGCCAACAGCCUCAGCCCCAUUCCCCAGCAGUCCUCAGAGGUGGGUGGAGCCAACAGUGACUCGGAGAGUGUUCAGAGCUGGCAGGUUGUGGAGGGAGUUCAGUUCACCGGUUCCACUGGCUCUCUGCCUUCCAUUGGCAGCUCAGUGGCCGAGGAGAAAGAUGAGCAUCCUCACUCUCAACCGCCACAAGAUGAUGUGUCUGUCCCUGCCAUUAACGUUGUUGCUGACGACGAUGAACUCACUCAACUAGCAAGAGACUUUGUACAUCGUGCCCUCCGCUCUGCACUGACUAGACUAGCCAACCAGUCUUCGUAGCUUCUUCACUUCACCAGUGGCUUUAUUUAUUGUCUCACUUUAUUUUGAUUUGGUGGAAUAUAUAACAAUCUUUUAACACUGGAUCAUUCAUUACAGAGACAGAUGUUAAACAGUAACCUGUGCUAUAGUUCUGUUGGUGGUAUAAUUAUAGUCCCAUAAAAAUCGGCAACCAGAGAACACAAAAAGUGAUCAAAUAAACAGUGACAAGAGUCUGUCAAAAUGUUUCAGAGUCCAUCCUUUCUUUUGGCCCUCCUCACUUUCUUGGCCAGUCGAGGUUCAGGUUGAAGGCAGCUCACAGUCAGAGGACCACUGCACACAGGACAUCUUGCUGCCCGCACAGCUCUGUGGCGAAUGUGCUCCAUGACUGCAGCUCUGGAGUAGGUGUGGCCACACCCACUGUUGCUGACUGGGUCUUCGAGAUAGGUCCCUGUCAGAGGACACUUCAGCGACUGCUGGACCUUCUUCACCUGUACAUCUUCCUCUGCCUCCUCCACACCUCCUCCAUUUCCUUCCCCUGACAGCAGUCGUGCCAACUCCAGCACACUCGGAUGGGAGCUGGGGUCAAAGUUCUCAUCCAUAAGUUCCAUCAGUUUCUCCUCCAACUCCUCCAAGAGAUUUGGAGGAUCCUCCGGCACAUCUGCUCUCUGUACACCAGUUGCAAUAGUGUCCACGUGACCCAGUGCCGUUCUCACGUGAUCAACCUCUUUCUCAAGCCUCACUAGUUCCAACAGCUCCUGCUUGACUCUCUCUUUAUGUUCGCUAUAGCCUCCUUCCUCCUGAAUAUCCUCUCCUACCGCUAAACACUGCCGUAUGCCUUCAGUCAUUGCAUCUCUGAACUCAGCAACUAUUCCCUUCAGCUCUCCCGACAUCAUCCCUGCCGAUAGCUUCCCGCCCAACCCACGUGAAGUAGGUGAAAGGUCAAAACAACAUAGACUCUGUCGGAUCGGCAAAUAUGGCGGUGGCCACUCGCUCGGCUAUACAGAAAGAGGUGUUUUCUCCGUUGGAAGAGCGGCUAGUUGCUAUUGUGAACGUCACAAAGCCAGGGAGGAAGAAGAAGAGCAGUUUCCUUUGCUUGUCCGUGAACAAGCAAGACCGGCAGGUGUACAUAUCUCGUGUGAAACCCGUGGAGCCAAGGAAAGGAGCGGGGAUGGUUGGUGUAGGGGUGACAGUGGGCGGGGCCUCGUACCGCAGAGCCAAGUCGUGGAGUCUGGGAGAAGUGAAGGUGGUUGAUGGUCGAAACUCAACCACAGAGGUCACGGAGUUUGACCUCCACAUCAACAAGACUGUGUACAAGUGGGUGGCCAGCAAUGUGGCAGAGAAGAAGUCCUUCAUAUCCUGCAUCUUCAAGCUGGUGUCCAAGUCAGUGGAGAGAAAGCAGCCGGAAUUCCUGAACGUGGACACAGAAAGGUUGCUAGAGUCUUUCCACGAGCAGCGAAAGGCUGCGGCUGAUGAUCUCGAGGAGGUUGAGCAGCUGCAAGAGGAGUACCAGGAGCUGAGUGCAGCAGAAGAAGAGGACAUUGAGGCUCUGCUGAGUCGAGACAAUGCCAUUCAGGAUGCUGCAGCCUUCACAGAGAACCUCUCAGAGGAGCUGGCACACCUCGACCAGGCCAAUAUUAGAGCUCUGAUGGGCUCAGAGGUUGCAAUCCUGGAGCUGAUGCACGGACUGGACCAAGCAGUCAGGGAGAUAGGAGACAUGGAGACCAAACUGGAGGUGUAUGACCAGCUGUUGAGUGGGGUCCGGAGCACCAUGGCCCACCUGGGCAGCCAGUACUCUGCCACCCUGGUGGAGAACAGGAACCUGCAGGCUCUCCUGAGAGAGGUGGAUGAACUGGUGACCAAGUUGGACCUUGACCCCAGAGUGGAGCACACUCUCCUCCGAACUCGUCUCUCUGAGACCAGCAGCAUCAAAGACUGGACCCUCGCUGCCACUAAACUCCAGGAGGCCUCCGAUUUUGAGCUCUCCCCUGGAGUGUCAAUCUUACAGGCUGUGACAGAGAGAAAGGAGUACUUCUCAAGUCUGUCCUUCAAGUUCGGCAGACGACUUCAGGAGCAUCUGACGGGACUGUUUGUGCAGCAGGCAGAACAACUGAAGGAAGAUGGCAGCGGCAGAGGCCUAGGGCUGCCUGUACUGCCCAGUCACACUGUCAUUCACCAAACUCUCCUCCCAUACUCUGCCCUCCUUUGCUGGAUGAGGCAGUCAGAACCUCAACCUUUCAAUGAAGUCAUGGAGAUGUAUGUGCGCAGUUUCCGGAGAGUUUAUGAGGCAGAAAUUCGCCAGUUCAUGGCUGACGUGAAGGCGUCACUCGGAGCUCCUGUGGAUCUGAAGAGGAGCAAAUUCCUGCCAAAGAUGACGUCAAAUGCUGACCUACUGCGGGGCUCACUGGGUGGCUCUCUCCUCUCCCUCUCUCCGGCCAGGGACAAAGGAGCCUUCUCACAGAGUGUGGUCGACAUUAGUGCCUCCCCAACAGCCGCAGGAACCGACUCUUCCAAACCUCGGUUUGACCAGUUGUUUUCAUCAGUUCUGGAGCAGCUGCAGCCAGUCUGUGUGGCAGAGCAGAAGUUCCUCACGUCUUUCUUCCACUUUCAGAAACCUGAAGUUGUUACAAGAGAGGAGGAGGAGGAGGAGGAAGGGGAGAGAGGAGAGGAAGAGGAUGACACUGAUUUCCCGUUCAGACAGAGACAGUCUCCUCAAGUGAUGCAUGACAGCCACAGUGUCGGGGGAGGCCUCCAGGGACUCCUCUCACAGCUUUUCCAGACGCUGCUCCCUGAGAUCGAGGGACUCAUUCUCUUUGGAGAGAAACUGGACAGUUUCAACUCGCUGUAUCUCCUGACAGCCAUCAGCCAUCGUCUUGUCAUCUCCACGGAGUCCGGGGCAAUGAUGUCAGAACUUGACGAAACUCUCAAAAAAGCUCUUGUCUGUGUUCGUCGCCUCUUUGAUGCCUUCACUGCGUCAAGGAAGAAGGCCAUUGAGGAGAUGAAGGUGCCAAAGGGAGGGAAGUGUGGAGUGCUUAGUUGUGUCGUCAUGUUUGGAGAGUUCUCAGAGCGGGCGGAGUCCAUCAUCAUGGGCGGAGACCGCCGGAGUGAACUGGACAAGGCCUACGGCCACCUCAUUGAUUCUGUCUUUGCCACCAUCGAGAGGGUUGCUAAGGAACACACCAAAACGCCUGUCGAUGUCGUCAGAUUUGGUGUGAAAAAACAUAAUGUACUGUUAUCGCAUGUGGCCCAAUUUUCAUGUUCCCAAGUUUAGAAGUUUCCAAAGUUUGGCAGCCAUGUGGCAUGUCCACUGUGUUUGUACAGAGAAUUACCAUCAGUUGAUGGACAUCUUGUCUCGGAUGAAAAUCUCGUGUCUGGAGAGGAGGAAGGAAGAGGCGAAGAAGAAAUACAGAACUCACAAGAAGCAGUACGUUGACAAGAGUCUGGGACGCCCAAUGGAGAAACUGAGUCAAUUCUUUGAGGGUGUCGAGGGCCUGCUGGCAGGAGGGACCAAGGCAGACGAAGUAGGAUUUCGACUUGACUACAGCAAGACUGAGCUGAAGAAAUGCAUCAAGGAGUACCCUGGGAAAGAGGUAUGGCAGUGGGCGUGGUCUCGUGCUCUAAGUGUGUGGUGCUCCAGGUGAAGAAGGGACUGGAGAAGCUGUUCAGAAGGGUUGAGAGGGAGGUGAGUGAGGAAGUGCUGGAGGUGGUCUGGGGAGACAUGCAGGGCUGCUUCAUGCAGCAAGUCGCCAGGUUCAACCAACUCAUUCAGCAGUGCUAUUCUGGUGCAGGCAUUGCUCUGGAGUUCAAUGAAGGCGAUGUUGCCGAGUAUUUCAGAAGUAUUGCAGAACAGCGAUGAAUACUGAUCCAUGACACUUUAAUACUCAUAACUGGAUAGCAUUUUAAAUCAUCAAGUUUUAGCGUUCAAGCUGGGCUACGCACUUGCUUGGUGAACGUUUUGUGGCGUGAUGUUUGUGCACAUGUGGAACUAAUUUUUAAGGGUA